GUUCAUUUUGUCUCCAUGCCUUGUUGCCCCUGUCAUCUCUGAUCUCUCAGCUCACCACUCCUGCAUCUCUGCCCUCAGUGACAGUGAUUUUUCUGAGGAAAAAAUCAGAAGUGGCGCACCCAGCUGUGUGACUGGUAAUGAAGAUGGUUAUGAGAACCUGGUCUACGGUGGUGGCAGAGAGCAGACAACUCACCCAGAUGGUUUUUCUCAUUUGUGCAAACACUGCAGUCAUGUUGUUGGGAAGUCAUGGGAUUCCUCUGUAAAGAAUAUAUACUGCUGCAGGGGAUGAUCGUAAGAAGAACUGCUACUGGAAACGGUGCAGGGUGGCACGGGGUUGUGGUGGUUAGCGGUGUCGCCUCACAGCAAGAAGGUUCUGGAUUUGAGUCUGCAUGUUUUCUCUGUGCCAGCAGUUGAGAGAUGAGACGAGAACGUCAGCUUGUUUUUGGCUGAGUAACAACUGCAGCAGAUGUUUGAAGAAAACUGCCUUGAAGGGAAGAAGGAACAGUGGAAAAGAAUUUUUCAUUCCCGUCAGAAGUGCCAAGGCCGUGCUGCAGAUAAUGAGGAGCACUGAAAGCCACACAAAGCUGAGAUUUUAAGACAAAACAAGACUCAAUCAAAGAAGACAACUUCAAAGGAGACGAUGAACACCACAGAAUACCAUGGGCUGAGCCAAGGCUACCACAACAAGAGCCAACCCCCAGGCACGGUGCCACUUCACAAGGACCUCUCAGCUGAGAAGGACCCAUCUGCAGGAUGUUACGGACAGCUGCUGAUUUCCACCGAGGUUUUCCUCACUCUGGGCAUCAUCAGCCUGCUGGAGAACAUCUUGGUUGUUGCUGCUAUAAUCAUAAACAAGAACCUUCACUCACCUAUGUACUUUUUCAUUUGUAGCCUUGCUAUUGCUGACAUGCUGGUCAGUGUCUCCAAUGCCUCCGAGACUAUUGUCAUAGCACUUAUCAAUGGAGGCAGCCUCACCAUCCCCGUCACGCUGAUUAGAAGCAUGGAUAAUGUGUUUGACUCUAUGAUCUGUAGCUCUCUGUUAGCAUCCAUCUGCAGCUUGUUGGCCAUCGCCGUUGACCGCUACAUCACCAUAUUCUACGCUCUGCGAUACCACAAUAUUGUCACUCUGCGAAGAGCGAUGUUUGUCAUCAGCAGCAUCUGGACCUCCUGCACCAUGUCUGGCAUUUUGUUCAUCAUCUACUCGGAGAGCACCACGGUGCUCAUCUGCCUCAUCACCAUGUUCUUCACCAUGCUGUUGCUCAUGGCAUCACUGUAUGUCCACAUGUUCCUGUUGGCACGCUUGCACAUGAAGCGGAUUGCGGCGCUACCAGGAAACGCGCCCAUCCAGCAGCGAGCCAACAUGAAGGGCGCCAUCACCCUCACUAUCCUCCUCGGGGUGUUUGUGGUAUGCUGGGCACCAUUUUUCCUUCAUCUCAUUCUCAUGAUCACCUGCCCCACAAAUCCGUACUGCGCCUGCUUCAUGUCCCACUUCAACAUGUACCUCAUUCUCAUCAUGUGCAACUCCAUCAUUGACCCCAUCAUCUAUGCUUUUCGCAGCCAAGAAAUGAGAAAAACCUUCAAAGAGAUUUUCUGCUGCUCACAUACUCUCCUGUGUGUGUGAGCUGCCCGUUAAACGUCAGCACAGCCACAAUCUGCAGGUUAUUUGUCAUCACUGUGGGCAGACUCUGCUCUCGCAGUCGGCUGUAAACGGUUCAUAAGUAGGGCGCUCGCCUCAGGUUUUGUGAGUCAGGUUGUUGAAAGAGGUAGGUUUACAAACACCCUGUAACAUAAAGUAUUGCAGUUCUGUUAUGCUGUGUUUUGCAGUCAGUGCGUCUAAAGUGCAAUUUAAAUUAAAUAUGACCAGAAUGUGUUUGAACCAAUGCACAAAAUGUGGUUUAACACAACUCGCCUUUCUUGUUCUGUGUUAAAGAAAAUAGUCAGAUUUUUUUAUAAAGAUUUGAUGUCUACAAAAAUUAUAGCACUUAAAUGCACAGCUGCUGCACCACAGAACAUAAAUGGUACUUUAUAUGGUUUACUGGAUAUUUAACAGAGUGACAUAAUAUAUGACAGACUACCUCUGCUUGAGAAUGUAAUCCUCAUAGUUUUACUAAGAUACAGUGAUGAGGAGAAAGCCAUUACUACCUGCUGAAUUCCCUCAUGUAUGCUAUGCCAGAGGAGAUGAAGGAACAUCCUGCUCAUCUAAACAGUUCGAUCAGCCUGUAUUUUACAUAAAUAGAGGUAAAGCUGCCAAUGUAGAAGUCAACUGUGUUUGGAAAUGGUUCGGUUCAAACUGGCUGGUCUGUUGAAAAGAGGUGUUCUAUGUCAUUUCCCAAGCUGCUGUCAAAAAGACAAGUACAAAGAUUAAACUGGGUGCAAAUACAAACUGCCACAUUUCUGUUCUUUGUUGCUCAGCAUGUUAACCACACAUUGUUUUCUGAUGCUUAUGAGAUUUUCCGACUUGUUUAAAACAUUGGAUUUUACAGGUGAAGAAUCACUCACUGGGUUUGAAGGGGUGAGGACAAAAAAAGCCGAUGCCAGACAUGGCAUUGAAACUGCUGAGCUCUCCGUCUCGGCAUGUAUAUGUGACUGUAAAAAAGGCAUUUUGUCUUAAUGUUUGUGUAACGCAACAGGUUAUAUUUUUUUUUAUAUGUGAUGGGUAACUUGUUGCUUUUUAUCCUUGCCUUAAAUCGUUGCACUGUGAUGUAAAGAGCAACCAUAUUCUCUGUGACAGUAUUUCAGAAGCUGAUGUAAACAGUCUAAAUGCUGUUUUUGGCUUUGCCUUAAUUAUAUAUGGCUUUUAAACUUAACAUUUUUAAGCUCAGAAGAAAAACAAUGUAAAACUUUGCCUGGAAUUUGAGUAAUGUGCCGAUAUGGUGGCGUUUGCUUGACCACUGCAUCCUGUGAAUUGCUGCUGCCACUUCAAUAAAUAAUAAUGCCACCCGA